UGCUUUGGAUUCUCGUCCUCUGGGUGGCUAAUCUUUUCCAUUUCCGUUCAUUUAACCCCUUUGGAUCGUUGAAUUUGGGUUAUGGUCCCGUAAAGAUCAAACAAUUCAAUUCUGUUGCGUGGGAUUUGAAGGAUUGAUUUCGGGUUCCUUCCGCGUUGAGAUUAAAAUUCAAAUUCACAAUAGUGUGAAAUUCGAUUCGCAAAAGACUUUUGGCCCUGGGUUUUUGUGUUGGAAUUUGUGGUCAAUUAAGACUUUUUUUUUUUUUUGCUUUUUUUGAAUUGGAUCGGUUUAGGUUUUUUGGUGUUUUGGAUUGUUGAUUGUUGAAUUCUGUUCGUGUUUUUGUGGGGGUGGGGGGCAAUUGAGUCCAAUUAGGGCUUCCGAAUUGGUUCAAUUUGCGGUUCUUUCGGGACAAUUUUUGGUUUUGGAUUGGUUUAAUUUGGGGUUUUCUCGCUUUUGAUUUGGCUCAAUUUUGGGCGAUUGCGUGCCGUUUUGGGUUAUGAAUUUUCUCUUGGGGAUUCACUUGGCGUUGAAUUCGUUCUAGUUCAGGUUUGGGGGGCUUUUGAAAAGAUAAUGAGCUUUGAAUGUUGUUAGUGGUGGUGGUGGUUGUUUGAGCGCACUGCGGAGGUGAAGUGGUGGCGGACGGCGGCGGCUGGGAUGGACUGUAGAGUCUAUACGGCCACCGGAGACAUGUGGGUAAGAAUGGCCGGAGGCGGGGGAAAGUACGUGGGUCAGAUGAGCCAUGAGAGCGAGCACGACUUGGCCGUCAUGGUCAGUGAUUUCUUGGAGAAUGGUAGUGCUGGCACCGACUCUUGGCAGAGCAGCGACAGCGAUUCUGGCUUCUGCGAUCUUGCUCACCUCGCCAACAACAUUUUGUGUUACAAUCUCUCUGCUGACCGAUAUGAGAGUGACUUGCUGUCAGUGGUUAAUUCCCUUCUACUAUCUAUCAGUGACACAGACCUUCACCUUGUCAAUUCAGGUCCAUGUAGUAAUGCCGGCUGUGUCAGGUUUUCUCUAGUGAAGCUUCUGAGGCUUUCUGGUUAUGAUGCUGCUCUUUGUUCAUCAAAGUGGCAGGGUACUGGGAAGGUCCCUGGAGGAGACCAUGAAUAUAUUGAUGUGGUAAAUUACAAAGGUGCUGGAAGCUCUGACCGGUUGAUCAUUGAUAUAGACUUCAGAAGCCACUUUGAAAUAGCUAGAGCUGUUGAAUCCUAUGACAGAAUACUCAACUCCCUUCCUGUUGUUUACGUGGGCUCCUUAGCUAAGUUGGAACAGUUCCUUCAAGUUAUGGUUGAAGCUGCUAGAUCUUCUCUCAAGCAGAACUCAAUGCCGCUUCCUCCAUGGAGGUCUCUUGCUUAUUUGCAAGCAAAGUGGAACUCUCCCUACCAAAGACAGGUUAGUCCAGACAAACAGCGAAGAACUCUUCCUUCUGAGCAUAAGCAGUGUAUAGGACACUUGAAGAGGAUUCAAUCUUUGCUCCAGUCCGAGAUAAGGGUGGAACGACUGCUGAAGCCUAUAAACAGAGAAAAUAACAGGAGGCUGAAGAUCGAGAGGUGGAUGCAUUCGUCAAUCAGGACACUUUGAGAGGCGCAGAAAUACCUGCCCUGGGAUUGGAUUUCUUCUCCCUUUCAUACAAUAAAAUUCCAAAAUUAGAAGUUGAUAUUCAUUCAUAUAGCUGAGGCAAUGCAACACGGAAACAAUAACACGCCAAAAAUUGUGGUGGAAACGUUUUUCUUUUUCCAUCUGACGAGGAGUUAUAGUUCAGAAAUCACCUUACUUUCUCUUGCACAAGCGGGAACAAGAGCACUAGGACUAUUGAACUCUGCUGGAGGUAUCUCUAAAAACCCUCAAAUCUUGACACGGAAACCAGUUCAACCUGCUUCAGUUUAACCCUGGAGCCAUUGUAUUUUGUUUUUCUUGAGCAUAAUUGAAAAUGUGUCUUUUCCAUGUCCAUAAUGUUGUGGGGAUGGAUACUAAGUUUUGUUCUAUUCUUUAUUCUUGUUUGAUGCUUAAUUGUCAUUCUUCCCCAGCGGUCAAUAAGGGUUGAUUUUGUUUUGUACUCUUGUUCUAUUCACCAUAUUAUUAUAGUUGGUGGUUUUAUUACACUUUUUUUUCAUCA